CUUUCUUUCCUUUGCGGCUACAGUGUUCUUCCCAGGGAUGGGCCUAAACACCAUCACUGCCACCCGGAUCUUGAAAGGCCAGCUGAGGGGCGGCACCGGUGAGGAGUUCACACUGGCCAUGGACACUUUCCCCUACACAGCCCUUUCCAAGACGUACUGUACAGAUGCCCAGAUCGCUGACAGCACCUGCGCUGCCACGGCCCUCCUGUGUGGAGUCAAGACCAACAAGUUCACGGCAGGACUGAGCGCUGGCGCCACCUACGACCGCUGUAACACCUCCGAUGGGCAUCACGUUACCUCCAUCCUGCGCUGGGCCAAGGACGCAGGCAAGUCUGUAGGUUUCGUGACCACCGUGCGGGUACAGCAUGCCACUCUUGCCCCUGCCUACGCACACACCCCCAACCGCUACUGGUACAGCGAUGCCAACAUGCCAGCGGAACAGAGGCAGCAGGGCUGCAAGGACAUCGCCCACCAGCUCGUGCACAACAUUCCAGACAUAGAGGUCAUCAUGGGGGGCGGGCGCAAGUACAUGACCCCCGCUGCAACCCCUGACCCUGAAUAUCCCAGUGAUUCCAGGUCCCAAGGCCUCCGGUUAGAUGGUGUGAAUCUGAUCCAAAAAUGGAAGGAUCUAAAACCGGGCAAGAAUGCCACCUAUGUGUGGAACAAGGCUGACCUAGACAGAGUGGACCCAGACAAGACAGAUUAUUUGCUAGCUCUGUUUGAGCCAGGGGACAUGUCCUUUGAACUGGAACGCAAUAAUACCACUGACCCAUCCCUCCCAGACAUGACAGAUGUGGCGCUGAAAAUCCUUCGCAAAAACCCCAAAGGCUUCUUCUUGCUUGUUGAAGGUGGGCAGAUUGACCCAGGUCAUCACCAAGGGAAGGCCAAGCUGGCUUUGUACGAGACGAUGCUGCUUGAUGAGGCUGUGGAGCGGGCGGCUCUGCUGACCAGUGAGAGCGACACACUGACGGUGGUGUCUGCUGACCACUCCCACACGCUCAGCCUGGGGGGGUACACGGACCGAGGGAACCCCAUUUUCGGGUUUGGGUACCAGGUGAGUGAUGUUGAUGGGAUGCCCUACACAGCUCUGAGCUACGGGAAUGGUCCGGGAUUCAGUCUGGUCAAUGGCAGUCGACGAAACCCACAGAUGUACAAUACCAGUGACCAUCAUUACCAGCAGCAGAGUGCUGUACCGCUGAUAGAGGAGACCCACAGUGGCGAGGACGUGCCAGUGUUUGCCCGCGGGCCCUGGGCGCACCUCUUCCGGGGCACCAAUGAGGACACCUUCAUCGCCCAUGCCAUGGCGUAUGCUGCUUGCCUGGGGCGCUAUGCCUCCCAUUGCAUAGCGGACCUCCCGAAAGUGCCGGCUGUGCCAUCCUUACCCAACAUGCCCUCUUGGCCCUCUGUCAGCGCCUGUCCCCGACUAGUCCCAUCACUCGCCUGGGUCCACUUCAUUCUUGUCUUCCUGCUGCUGCUGUGAAUUCCCUCUGCUCCCUGAGCCUUGGGAUAACCCCAUUCUAGGCCAGGGGAGCAGUCUGA